AUGGCAGAAGUUGUUCUCCUCUUAAAAGAUGGGGAUCAUGAGAUCGCAGACAAUAAUCGUCCUGUGUCUUUGCUAAUUGCAGUAUCAAAGAUUUGUGAACGAGUUGUAUUGAAUCAAUUGACUGACUAUAUGUCGCAAAGAAAAAGAUAUACUGAACACCAAAGUGGCAAUCGGAAAUUAUAUUCUACAGAAACAUUAAACAUUUUUAUAACAGAUCAAAUCUUGCAGUCUAUGGAUCGUAAAGAAGUUACGGCCUUAGUUUUAAUAGACUUAUCCAAAGCAUUUGAUAGCAUAGAUCAUUCAAUUCUAUUAGUGAAACUUCAAACCAUUGGUGUGUCUAAUUCAGUGUUCGCAUGGUUUAAAAGUUAUCUAUCGGGACGAAGCCAAAUAGUACGUAUUGGGUCGACAUUGUCGGAAACAUGUAUUAUAACUCGAGGG